AGGUGAGAUUGUAACCAAUAGGUAUAGAUUCAACAUUUACAAGAAUCUGUCUGACUUUAAAAACGAACGCAGGUCUUUAGUCGCCAUCUAACUGUUGCAUGGAGGGCUAAACCGAUAAAAUCUACUGUGACAGUUUGAAUGACCUGCGGUGGAAAAUCUUGAGCCCUGCAGUGGACCACAUCCAGGCAUACAGCAUAGUUCUAUUACGGGGAAGAGAUUGUCAUUAAGACUUUGCCCAUUGUUGGCACUGAUUAACAAGGGCCGACGUUUUUAGAUUAAUUAACAAAAUAGGAAAAAAAUUGGGUCACUUGACACGGUGUCAAAGGGAUAGUGGCGCCAUAAUUAAUGGUCAUUCUAGCCUCAGCUUUGAGUUACACUGGAGCCUACUUGUCUAACUGAUAACCCUCUUAGACGAAUGUCACCUACCCGAGUCGCAGACAUGCUUGUGGAUUCAUUAACACCCCACUAAAGGACUCUGUUUUUCCCUAAAGAUAUGCAGUAAGAAUUUUUCCUCAGUUCUUGAUUUGGAAACCUCUCCACAGGAUGGCUUCUGCAAGUGGUAAAGCUGAAAAAGCCUCAAAAUUUGAGAUGCUGAAACUUUUGGAAAACUGCCGGAAGGAAAGAGAUGAUGCUUUACAACGGGAAAGUGCUCUCAGGGAAAAACUCAGGCAAAAUGAGACAAGGUUGCGUUCAACUGAGGGCCUGAAACAAAAACUGAAGAGCUUGACUGUGGACAACAAAGAGCUUAGAAAGCAAGUGAAGGCUCUUCGGACUGAUAUCGGAUUGGAGAGAAGCCCCAACUUUUCAGGGAAGACCACCAAAGACAUAGUCAAUGAUUUUGAAGAAAAGGAGCGCGAGUGCAACUCCUUAAUAGACAAGACCGGGAAACUUAGAGUGACCAUUGAUGACUUGACAGCAGAGCUGUCCAAUGUAACCACCUCCAAGAUGCUCUUAGAGGACCAAGUGCAGUCUUUACAACAAAAUCUCAAGGAUAUGACAAAUAAUCAGCGGCGUCUGCUGAAGCUGUGGGACGACAAGAAGACCCAGAGGGAGCAGCUCGCUCUUCCUGCAAUUGUUCAGAAACCCUUCACCCACAAAGAAAUUCAAACUGACAUGUCCAUAAGCUCAUACCAGAAGCUCCCACCUAAUGCUUUUGAGACCAAGCAGAUUAGACAGGAUGGAGACAAGGACAAUUUAUCUUCCUUUGGUAAUGGCUUUCAUUAUAGCAGAAAGAGUUCUGUGGACAAUGAAACCUAAUGACUUCAGUUCUGGCAGUUCAUGCAAGGAUGGUAACAGUAACACUAAAAUGAAUGAUUCAAUGAAUUUCUGAAUUACUAUGCUUGAAACAUAUCUGUAACAAAGAGGCAAAUCCUAUAAACUCAAAUAUGACAUGUCAGUUGAAACUGAACUGGCUCAAAGAGCAAAUUUGUUUUGCGAACAAUGACUUGUUUUUUUUUAUAAGUUGUUGCUGUGUUGUCUUUUCUUUCUUUUUUAUAAAAGAAAUAUAUUGACGUUUAUGGUGUAAACAAUAGAAUAUUUUUUAGUACACCGUGCAAUUAAAUUCCAUAAUGGUAGAUAUGAUCAUACCUGCUGAGAAGCCAAUGGGACAGUAGACAUAGAAGACCAUCUGAACAUGAUAUUCUGUUUAGAUGACAUAAACUAUCAUAUGACUGUAUAUCUACUGUAUAUAUUGUGUAUAUAGAUAAAAUACAUAAAAUAUAAAGCCAAUUUAAUAGGCUGCAAGAAUGUAUAACUUUAAAUUGAUUAAUUUUGAAUAUUGAUGGCAUUAAAAACAUUUAUGAUGUUGAACAUAUUCUAAUUUAAUGUAUGCACAUUGCAUUGACAUAGAAAAUCAUCUAAAAGUGCAUUUAUUUCAGUAACAUGAAAGUAACAUGUUAUUCAGACCAUUACCUAAAGACUAAUAUUUUUCAAGUGUUUAUUUUAGCUAACUGAUGCCUGGGCUUGCAGCUAUUGAAAUGUGUGAUGUGAUAACUGGAGAAGCUGAGCAACAGUUCAGCCUUUUGUUCUCAUUAGUCCAGGUAAGGUGAUUCUGGCAAUGUCUCUGUUUCAUGAGUAGCUUAACACAAGGAAUAAUAUAGCUGUAGCCCAUUUGGAUGCCUUUGGAGGCAAUGACUCAAGCUGCACCACACUUUAUGAAUUUUCCCAAAUGGUCUUUAAACUAAUGUGUGCUAUCCCUGUUGCUUGCACACCUUUCUCAAGCACAUUUUUUUCCUUCCACUCAACUACUAAUAUACUCUGUGAAGAGCCAACGUCUUUAGUAAUGGCUUUCUUUGGCCUUCCCUUCUUGUGGAGUGUGUCAUUUUUACCAUGACUGUGCAGGUAAUAUCAUGACAAUAAAAAGCAUUU